GGUAUUUACUGCUUACGAAUUUUCCCUCCCAAUUAUGAAUUUCAAAUACAUUUUCAAAUUCCCACAAAAAAAUAAAUCAAUUAAAUUAAUUCCUCAGAAAUUAAAAAAACAGAGAAAUUUCCUCCAGGAUUUUCUCAAUCAGUAACACAAAAGCUUCAAUCAUGGAUUCAGACGACGAAGAAUCCGGAUUCGGUUCCGAUUUACCCCAUUCGCUGGUCAAUCUAACUUCAUUUCCUUGCUCUGUUUCGCCUUCCCCACGCCGGCUCUCAAGCUGCUUCAUGCAGCCGGCUGAGCCGGUGAAGCCGAUAAGGUCGCAGCUGGCUUGGGUGUCCCUCCAGGGCCGGCUCGUCGGAGCCGAGGAAGCCUGUUCGGCUAGGACCGUCGACAAAUACGGCGCACUCAGCGCUGAAGAGGCAGCGGCUUGGGAGGUUUUUACCCCAAUUCAACGGGUGUUGAUUGUGGCUGUUGCCGCGGCGGCGUCCGCCAACUCCAACAAGAAUAUGCAGAUCUCGCGGCUGCUAAAUUCUGUUCAACUCAGGGACCAAGUACUUUUAAGCAUGCAACAAAAGCUGGACAAUCUAUGUGAGCAGGUGAAUUAUUCCAAUCAGCCUGAAGUUGUGUUGUCUCAAAGGGAAUGUGAUUGCAAGCCAUGCCAACAUCAUAAUUUACCGCCAAACGCUUCUUCGUUUAAUACUUCAAGUAAAGGAUUACACGAGGGUGAGGUUUUCCGGUGUUCAGUUCCUCUUCCCAAUGAGGCGGAGCCAGACGAGCGUCGCAUGUCUGAUUUGUCUGAUUGGGCUCCUAGUGUUGCUUCUUCUCUUGAUAUUCAGUUGGAAAAUUUUGGAAUCGGAUAUGAUAUUAAUAGUCUUCGGAGGGAGUGUGAAGAGAAGGAUAACACUAUCAAUGAACUCUCGACUUUUCUUCAGUCAUCGGAGGUUUUAGGUUCAAAGAGGAUAGCAGAACUGGAAGAUAUCAUCCGCAGGAAGAACACGAUUAUCAACAAGCUCCGAAAGGACAUAAUAGUUCUGGAACAAAAGGUGGUGAAUCUAACGAGACUGAGAAGAUCCUCUUUCUCAUCAACAAGUACAAAUCUGCAGCAUCCCCCUGUAAUGGCAGAUAACGUACUGUACGACAUGGAUCCUUCGUCUUCUGAUUCAGACACCUCUCCUAGGAACCAUAAACAAGAUAUGGGGUUGAAAAUGCAAGAAAUCUCUGUUCAUACGAGUGAGAGAGCUUCGAUGCAAGAUGUAAAAUGUGGUCGGAAUAAGACCUCGUCGAAUAAAUCACCUAAUUCUGUUACGACUUUGAAACUGAAGAAUGAAACAACAUAUGCUAGCGGAGAAAAUAGUGGCACAAGACGAACUCAAGUCAAGCCCAAGGAAGUAGCCGAACAUAAGAGAUGGGCUUAGUAAGUAUUCUCUCUUUUCGUAAGCUUCAAGUUCUGCACUUCAUUCGACAUAGCCAUGAUCCUGAUUCGAAGAAACGUAGAGUAUAUAUUCCAUGAGUUUAUUACUGUAUUAGAUACAUCAAUGUAAUGAAACGAAUUUGUUGCCUUCGAUAAUAUAUUAUGGUGGACUCCGGUGAGUUGGAUGCUACACGGUUA